AUGAGUAAUAAUGGUUUCUCUCCGCUGGAGAUCCCUCCGCUUUCCGAUUUCCCAGACAAGCCAGAGGAACUCGAACAUCCAUCUCCGCCCUUACCCCUUUACGAUUUUACUGUUCUUCCUGAUCCGCCUAACGACUGGUCACAUUUCAAUGUCAAGUAUGGAAGUAUUCUAGGUGGCCGUAGUCGUUCCUUGAGGCUCCCGCAGCUGCAAGUGUUGUCGAAGCAUUACUUCUGGGGAAUGCAUUAUGAGGAAUCGCAUAAGACCGCGAAGACAACGAGAAAAAAGCCAAGUCUCAGGGCUCAACAGGCGAUGCUCUUCAAACUUAUCUACUACAUGCAAGAACGCCAUCGUCCGAAGACUUGGCUUGAAAUGCUCAAUGUUAACCGAGAUACUGGACCACGACUCUUGAGAUACGACCUCGAUCCGCGCCCAAAGCCACUAAGUAGGUGGUACAAUUCUCUUCCGGGUGUGAGCACAGCUAUCUUGAAUGCGUAUAUACGCCCUCAGGAUGCACCACCAGAUAUGCCCGACUACGUCCUUCAACAGUAUAUGUACUCGGUUGACAGCUUGCACACACCACCCCCACCUGCACCACCUCCAGCGCCAUCAUUUGACGCACAACAAGAGGAAAUCCUCCGUAUGCAUCUAUUGCAACACAUGAACCCAGGAGUCGAAUUCACACCGGCUUUUUCAUUGACAGAUCCGCCGGAAGCAAGCACUCGAGAGAAAUUUCACCCGGGGCUCCUGCCUACCGAGGUCGCCCUCGCUCCCCCCACCCCGCCGUUUCAAGAUCCCGUCUUUGCUGCUGAGGAUAUCACAACUUUUACCUGGACGCCUAGUCUGGCACCUUCUCAUACAGUGGCCCCCCUUGGAAAUCACCAAUUGGGUCCCGUUAUGGCGAAAGCUAUGGGCCCUGUUGACACGCGAGCGAUUACGGAUGCCGUGGAACAAGCCGUGAUGAAGAUCGUGUAUGCUGAUCUCGACCGUGAUCCCCACAUCCCGUCUAUUGAAAAACCCGUUUGCCACCGGACCGCCCAGUCCUACAAGGAUUUGCUCCCGAUGAAACUCGGAUCCUUCCCUACCACGGGGUAUGUAAAGUUGUCGCCAUUGACUUUUGACUGGGAUCCAAAUGGCACUACAUUUCCGGUCCGGGGCCGUGGCCCUAUCUGGGAUGCAAUGUCUUGUGCCACGGAUGCUGUUAUUGUAGCGGGAAUGCUACUCGAUGCUGGUUGUACCAAUAUAGAUCGCGCAAACAACCGGGCGUCUGAGUUCAAACAAAUUGAAAAAGCAUUCAUCGAAGUGACAAUGGCGAGCUGGGAGACCAUGGACGAUAAGACUUCUAUAUUUGUGCGUGAUGAGUGGCUCCGUAUGUUUAUCGAUGGCUCAAGCGGCUUGCAAGUGGGACAGCCGAUUCCUCCUUGGGCGGUAUGGUCAGUGGCCACGAGAAGCUUUGCUCAAUUCCGCUAUUUUCACGUUGAGCGAGUGACCCCUUGCAAGUGUCAGUUCGGGAUCCCGUUCUAUAACUCCCAUCAAGGAUCUUGCAUUUUACCUGGUUAUCAACCGGGCGACGAAGAAGGAGUAGAUCUCCAAGUGCUGAUCGAGCGAUGUUUCUACCCACGAAAGUCUUUCAGGUGUACUAGGUGUGGUGAUCCGAUGGGAGUUACUGGAGAACGAAAAAUCGGUCAACUCCCACUGCGUCUAGUGGUAACGUCCGAUAUCAAGACGCGGAUCCGAAAUCACACGGAGAAUCUCAGUUUCAAUUACAUAGACUAUGAAGAUAAGCAACAAGUCGCACAUUACCGUUGGCUUGGCGGCAUCUAUAACAACGAAUCUCAUGCUCGUUUGUUUUGGACAGAUACGAAACGAGGCGAGAAAGAUAAUGGGAAUAUUAUGAUGUACGACAGCCAAGUCAAUUCCGGGGUUAUUAUCGGUGGAAUCCCAGCAUUUCAAAAUGAAGAAAAAGUACCAACUGAAUGGGUCAGCCGUCAUGCUAUUCCGCUCAUUUUCUAUGAACGAAUCAUGAAUCCCACCAGCGAUCUUUUGGCAAAGGCCAACAAUGCGAUGCUCGAGAUGAGCAAUUGCCUGAGCGAGAACAAGAACAUUCUUGAAGAACAUAUCCCUUGGAAGCGAUCUACUCCGCCACGGCAGCUGCAGGAUCCAUGGCCUCGUGUACUUUCAUAUAAUGGUGAACGCUUCAGCAGUUUCAACCCCGGCUGGGCAACAUCGAGUGCACCCGCCAGAUCAGCCGCUCCACAAGCUGCUGUACCCUCUCAACCACAAACUCACAUUGACCCGAUGUUUCUUGAUCCAUUGGUUAUUGACCCGUCGCUCAUUGAUCAAUCGCUUUACUCGACAAACACACCUCCAGAAUUCGAUUUGUCCUCAUUCUUUGACCCGACAAGGCUUGAGGACCUAUCGAGCCCUGAUCAAGCCCAAUCUCAGGAGGAUUACACCAAUAACCAUAUAUUCCAGUCGAUGUUGGAGACUCCGCGCUGGCUCGGUCCACAAUCUGAAAUGUGGCCUGGGGGUCUGCCUAGAGAUGAAGGAGCUUUGGACUUCCCUGAGCUGCCUAUGUUGCCCGACUCGCCCGGACUAGGCAAUAGCAGGGGUACUGGGUGGUCAGGUAUUGCCAUGGGAGAUGCAGAGGAGACUAUGUCCGAGUUUCGAAGCCGACACUUCCGCAGUACGCAUGGUGAUAAGCUCAAGAAGUCCGCGAUGGCAAACUAUGCUAUGGCGAAGCAGGCCCUGGAUCCAAGGCAGAGAUAUGCUAUGAAUUCAUUCAAGAUACAUGGAUACAGCUCAAGGAAUAGAUUUAGUGAUGCAGAUGAGGAUGCGGAGGAGCAGAGAAGGGAGAAACUCACCCAAAGGAAGAUAGAGAUGCAAAUGAAACUGGAUCAUGAUCGGAAGAAGAGAGAGGAACGGAAGAAACAAGAGGAGCUCGACCGAAAGCGGAGAGAGGAACGGAGGAAACAAGAGGAGCUCAGCCGAAAGAGGAUAGAGGAACGGAAAGAGCAAGAGGAGCGGAAAAGACAAAAGAAGCCUGAACUAAAGAAAAAGAAGAGAGAACGGGAAGAAGAAAAAGAAGAUGAAAGUGAAGAGUUACUGGAGAAAGACCCGAAAUGGGCGAGAGAGGAAUACUAUAAACAACAAAGACAAAAGGAUGAACAGAAGAAACGGGAAGAGGAGAGGCCGAGGAUAUCAAGAAGACCGGGGUUGAGGAAUUCGAAGAGGAAAAACACCGAUCCAACAUGGAAGCCUGGUGAUAGUGACACCGAUGAGGGAGAUGAAGUAUAUGAAGCGGACUUGUCUUGA